AUGAAGAGUUUUCUAAUUAUCAUUGUUUCAUUUUUCAUCCAAGAAAAUUCUGCACAGAUAGCUGGUUCUCUGAGCAAUAAGAAUUCUGCUACUCCUCCUAAAUCAAUUGAACCAUUAAGCAACAGUCAGCUUUUGUUUUUAAAUACAGUAACGAAUGUUCAGCAGCCUGGAGUUCAUGCCUCCAAAGACCUUUACGCCUUCACGUCAAAUCAAUCUCCUCGUAUAACUCACCAAAAUCUGCGAGAACUUGACUGGACCAAAAUUGAUAGAAGAUCGGAAGAAGGUUGGUGGCAUUUAUAUCCAUACGGUGAAAGAUAUUUCGACGAUGAGUUAUCUCAUCGACCAUGGAUGGACAAACAGAUUGAUUUAGAAUUUUUUCUACCAUAUUAUGGCUUUCGCUUCAAUUAUACAUUUAUUUUCCAAGAAGGGUUUGUUGCUUUCUCUCAUCCAUGGUAUAUUCAACCUCCGUAUACCUUCCCGAAUCCCCAUUGGCCGAAAAAGCCAGAUCCCAGUUUGAUUGCUGUGUUCAUGGCGGAACAACAAAUGCAACACGUAGGAGAUACGCGCAUCAGUAAUGUUUGGUUUCGAGUAAUAGAAAGACCGACUAAUUUGAUUGGAUAUAACAACUUGCAAACAGAUUUCGUUGAUGAGAGCAGAGAGCCCAGUUUACAACAACCUCUAGGAGUGUACAGCUAUGAAGAUCCUCGAUUGUACCGGACGUAUCGGGGGAGACAAUUGAAAACACAGUCUGGACGUUUGGAAGAUCCUGAAUUACUGGAUAGAAUAACUCGGGAUAUUCGUCAUUCUAUGGUCGGAGCAAGAGGUUGGAAAGCUGAUUAUGCUCUACUAGUUACAUGGGAACGAAUGAGUUAUGGAGGAGCACCAAAAAUAACUGAUAUGAGCAAAUAUGAACAAGCAAAACGAUGGCAAAAUACUUAUCAAAUGGUGUUGGCUACAGAUGAAAUAAGAACGUACUGUAUGUUCAAUUAUGCGAAUAUCAACUGGACUUCGUCAUCUCAAAGUGGAGCUUUAACUAGAGGACGUGGUGGUAAACAAAGUGCUCUGGUUGGGUUCAAUGGUGGUAAUGGAACAGGAUUUUAUUCUUUGCCAUUCUCAGCAGAAGGAGACUCUUAUAAAUUGGUUCGCUUUGGUUCAACUCAAAUAGCAGGACGUUGGCUAGCUCGUGUAGAUGAGCAAAUUCAGUAUGGAGGUUGCAAUAAUGACAGUAGAGGAACAUUGGAAACAUCUCAACAAUACGGAAAUAUGUUGGGAGGAUUUGCGUUGAACAUAUCUGGACCAUGUUUGAGACCGACUGAUAUUAUAAAACUGCAAUUUGAUGAAAUAACAUUAGAUUGUGAAAGGAUUGAUAUGGUACUUGCUCGAUGUGUAAUUCCUGUUAACAGUGUUUUCAAAAUUGGAUUGAUUGAUCUGAAGAUGUCAGUGGAUGGUGGCAAGAAUUACCCUUGGUGGACAAAGUUUUAUAUAAUUCAACCUGCUCUAUCUCGACGACGUGUGAAUCUCAUAAACGAUCCGAGAGAGCCGAUGAACAAUUGGCAUUUCUUUGAUCCCCAGAAUUUGACUUUAUCAUGGGAAUGGGAAAAUAUAACAGCAAAUCCAAAUACUGCUGUGGAUAUAGCUUUAUGGGGAUACUGGGAAGAUACAGAAGGACAUUCUUUCAAGCAAAUUGGAUACUUGGCUCGACGUCACCCUAACAAUGGAAUAUUCUCAUUCACCCCGAACACCCUUCAAUUUGAUCUAGAAGGAGAUUUAGAUGCUUGGAGGUUUUAUCAUGGUGGAGUCAUUCAAGUACGAGCCACAGAUGCUUGGUUGGAUGAUCGUGGGGAUCGAAUGCACUGGUCAUCUCCUGUGCCUUUCGGAUGGUUUUUCCAUAGAAAGUGGCAGUAUGAGUAUGGGCGAACUUGGGCACUCACAAUGUGCCAACACUGGUUCGAUUACGAUGGACGUCGAGAAAAUUUUGUGAUGGAAUUAGAACCAAAGAUUCCUUGUCCUUGCACUCUUGAUCAAGCUCUUCUGGAUUUCGGUCGCUUUACAGCUUUGCCGGAUUGUGAUAUGUUUGGAGAUCACACUUGCUAUUUUAAUCAAGGAGCUCAACACUGUAUUUUGUCUUCAGCCAGUGUCUGGACUGGAUCAGGGCAGACAUGUUGUUAUGAUUAUGAGGGAUGGCUUAUGUUUAGCGAUGACUUCGAGUAUAACGAUCAAUAUUUAAGAUUUUUCUCAGCUGGAGUACCGUACAGAGCUCAUCCGUUUGGAUCAUUGCCUUAUAAGAGACCUCCAUAUGUCCCAUCGUUAUCCAACUUUUAUAAUGAUUUAUUACCUUAUGAGUUUUGCUGUAAAUGGGCAGGUCAUUGUGAAUUUUAUUUUUGGAGAAGACAAACUUCAACUUGUCAAGAAUACAGACCCCCUUCAAUAGGCUUCAUAUAUGGAGAAAAUCAUUUUGUGACGUUUGAUGGGGCACGAUACUCUUUUCAUGGAAAAGGCUAUUAUGUAUUGGCCAUGAUGAAGUCUCCUAGACACGAUUUAAUGAUUCAAGCGAGGAUGGAACAGCCGGCAGAAACAAUUUGGGAAGAGAGAGUCCGUUCUACUGUAGUUACCGGUGUAGCAGCUCGUGACAACCAAUCUGCUAUCGUUCAAGUUUUUGCUCGAAAAGAUCAUCGACGUUGGAGAUAUAAGACAGACGUUUACGUAGACGGUAUACGCAUAUUCUUCGAUAUGCCUUGGAAGAAAAUUCAAAAUUUUAAUGGAGUAACCAUACGUUCUCCACCUCGAAAUAUGAAUCAGUCUGAAGUGGAAAUUAUGUUCGCAACGGGUGUUGGGCUGAAAAUUGAGGAAAGCCGUGGUCUUUUGAAUGUUAUGCUUACAUUACCACCUUCAUAUAAUGAAACUGAUGUGAGAGCAUGGGAUCCACCAAAUGAAUCAGCGUUUUUCUGGGAGACAACAACACAGCGUCCAAUUUAUUCGAGCAGUUUUGGUAAAUGUGCAACUCAUUAUCGAACUGUUGGUCUUCUUGGAACUUAUAACGGAGAUCCGUGGGAUGACUUAACAACGCCCGAUUGUAUGGAAAUCCGUUCUUUCUAUCCUCAAUCGGAAAUGGAUGCUCGCAACGUCUACUAUGAAUUCGGAGAACGAUGGAGAUUAGAUCGUAAUUUGCAUAUUCCAUCGUUGUUUCAAGCUGAACAUAAGCCCAUAUACGAUCCAUUGAGCUUUGCUGAUUCUCGUUACUCUCCUGUGUUUGAUCCAUGGACAUAUUCUAAUUAUAGUCUCUGGGAGAGUUUAGUUUUUAGUAGAGAAGAAGUAAAAGUAAUGUGCCAAGGCGUUCCUGCAUGCGAAUUUGAUUUCAUGUUGACGGGUAGACGAGAAGAUGCUUUAGACACAUUGGAUUAUGAACGGAAAUUCGAACAGCGUAAAACCAAAGGAGAAGUAAAACUACAAUCUUGCGGACCAUUAAUGAAAAAUAAGGGAGUUAUCAAGUAUCCCAUGGGCAAUAACUAUCUGCAUGGUAUCACUGUCACCUUUACAUGCAAACCAGAAUACUUUCUUCAUGGAGAUCAACAAAGAACAUGUAUAAAUGGCUCAUGGACUCCUGGCUGGUGGCCGUGGUGUCGAGAACGAAGUGAAGAAAUCGCUUUAAAGUGGAUGACUGGUAUACUGUCUUCUGUAGCAAUUAUACUUGCUAUCACUCUCAUAUUCGUCUGGUGUUACAUUGAUGGUAGAAGACGGCAAACAGAGUUUCUUCAACGAAAAAAAGAAAAAUUACGACCAAGUUACGCUACAUCAACAAUAACAUUCAUCUAA